GACCUCCUAGGCGUUAUUGAUUUGCAUAUCAGCGGCACGAGGUAACAUCCGCCCAGCCAGCCUCAACUCACGUCUUUCAGAUACUCGCACAGCGUACAGCAACUGAUGUUGAUAGGCAGGAAGUCGUCGUUACCAAACACAUACUCUGCUCAUGAAGUAUAGUCGAACUAACAAUCUCAACAAGGUAAAGGGUUGAUAUUCUGCACUGAAAUAUUUACUUUAAAAUCAACAGGGUAGUGCGUUAUCAAAUUACUUUAAAAGAGAGGACAGGAAAGCGUUUUAAUCUGGUUAACUUUGGCGAAAGUAAAACUUUCAAAACUGGCACGCUGCUAGCAGAAAAGACUUCACACACACUUGAACAUAAUCUAGACAGUAUAGUUUACUGGGGCACAAACAAGCAAAGAUAGACUGCACCAUGAAUUCAAGCGACCCACACUGGAUUAAAUGCCACGCUGACUUGCAAAUAGGAGAUGGAUACAACUUUGAUACCAUGGAAAAAACACAAGCCAUAAUUGAGGGCAUAGAAGAGGAUAGUUUGGAUUUCACUAAAGAUCGGGAUAUAAAAAUUCGCCAAUUUACCGGGCACUUAACCGAGCGCGAUACUCAGACCAGCAGCAGUGAGGGUUUUGUGAGGCUCAAGGCAAAAGCUUUCGAUUUGACUAUUCCUGGGGUAAACAUGGGGUUGAAGGCUGAGGCAGGAGCAAGUGCUAGCUGGAAAGGAAGUGGGGAAAAUACAACGAAGGGUGAUGUCACCACACUGCGCCUGUCUAUUCGUAUGCAAACUGGAAUUAAGCGCCUGAACGACCGAAGACGCGGAAGUGUGAGACGAAAACCUGGGGUUCAUCCUACACAUUAUGUGUCAUCUUUAGCCUACGGUGGCUAUCUGACCAUCGACAUAACAGCGCGCGUGAACAGUCGCAAUGCGAAGGAGAACUUUGAACGGGACAUGGGAGCAAACGCAGAGUUCAAAUUUAAAGAAUAUGGCGCCGAUGUAAGUGCUAACAGUAAACUGAAUAACAUCGAAGAUUACUUGAGGAAUACUCAGGAAUGCACAGUGAACGUUGACUCGAGUGUUUCAGAAAUGCAGUACGACGUCCGCGAAACAAAAUCAAGUGAUCUCAGCAAUUUGCAGAAGCUGAUAAAUCGCUUCGUAGAAAAAGUCGAGGAACAAAAUGGCGGCAAAGGCAAGCCGAUGCUGGCCAAAAUUGCUCCUUUAUCCGAACUUGAUAAUUCUGCAGAGCCAUAUGAAUUCGAAAACAGACUGGGGAACCAGAUUAAAGAUCUGGAAGACAGGUAUGACGACAUUUGUUCAGCUUUGGGGUUUCUACGCACCUUCUUCCAAGAUCACCAAACUCAGGUCCAAGACCUUCCCCAUGAUAUAAUUAAGCUUGAGAAGGAUCUUGAAAGUUUACGAGACACAUUCACAGAUAAUAUACAGGGACUCACUCACAGAAAGGCUGACCAUGCGAAAAAUAAAGAAAUCGUUCGACAUUUAGAGGCAGCGUACACGGAAUUCAGCCCUACUGCUGUUGGUCUAAGGAGAUGCAUCGGUAGAGUGAGGCAAAUGACCCAGAAAUAUAUCAAGGUAACUGAUACAUAUGAACAACUACCAGAAGCUUAUGCUGAGGGGAAGCACACCAACAUAGUCGCCGUCGGGAAGAUGGGGACCGGAAAGAGCUCCACCUGUAAUAUGAUGGUCGAAAAAGAAGGGGUUUUCCGAGCAGCUUUUUCCUCGGACGCUGUAACGAAAGACCUGUCAUCGCACUGUGCUAAUGUGGGUGGCCGUGAUUUGCGACUCAUUGAUACUCCCGGCCUCUUAGAGGCUGUGUCGACUAAGGCACGGUUAGAUAUUCUGCAGAAGCUGGCGAAUUGUAUUAGUUUGCUCGAAGGCGAGGACGGUAUCGACGUGUUCUUGUUUGUCAUUCGCUGCGACGAAAUGCCAUCUCAAGAGGAAUUGGGCGCCGUGAUUCAGCUAGGUACGUUGUUUUCGGAAGUCAUUUUUGAAUACAUGGUUGUUGUAGCUACUCACAAGGAUCAUCUUGAUAACAAGGGAGAGUCAACAAAAUGUUUCAUAAGCAAUCUUCCCGACAAAAUGAAGACGAUCCUUCAGAAGGCCGGUGGGAGGAUGAUGUUCAUCAACAACGUCACAAAAAACGGGAGAGAGCGUAGAGACUACAUAAAAGACAUCAUCGGUCACGUUGAUGAUAUUGCAAAAGCUCAUAAGGGUGAGAAAUUCUCCCAUAAAGCGAUCAGCGUAGCAAGCGAGAAGAGACGAUUACUAAGAGAGAAAUAUCCUCAACUGAGUGAUGUUGCUAUACAAUCGCAUUUAGAAAAAGACGUUGAGGCAUAUUUAACAUCGCAGUACUGGUGUUUUGGUGGCUCUUCCACUGUGCGACUUAGCAAUGGGUCAGUCACACCAAUGGCCAAACUCUCUCCAGGUGACAAGGUGCUUUGUGUUAGGGACGAUGGCUCCGUCGGCUUCGAGGAAAUCUUCUGCUUCGGCCAUGCGGACUCCAACUGCCAGACUAUAUAUGUCCACUUGGAGACUUCAACUGGGCAACACCUUCUCCUCUCUUAUGGUCAUUAUAUCCACGCUAGCUCUAACUCUACAUCAUUCCCAUUUUCCCUGAAAGCCGCCCGUGAUAUCCGAGUUGGUGAUGGGGUGUUCGUUUAUCACCCUGCGACCAACGCCAUUUUUAUGGACGAAAUUGUGGCAACAGGCAGUAAGAAGGUCACCGGAGCCUUUUGUCCCCACACAUUGAGCGGCACCAUCAUCGUCAAUGAUAUUUUGGCGUCGUGUUACACCGACUCCGUACAGCCCCUGGUGGCUGAAAAAUUGCUUAUGCCAGCCUGGUUCCUGUACGAAAUGCUUCCACUGCUUGUGUCUGCGCCAGUACUGAAAUAUGGCGUCUCUUAUGCCUGUAAAUUUUUAAGCGCGACGAAGCAAUAUUUUUCACGUGUUUUCUACAGCAGCGCCUGCGAAAACCACUAUUAA